GAUAAUAGACAGAUAGUAUUAACACAAAAAUAGAUCGAUAAAAGAAAGAUAAAUUGCUACUUUACAAUGGUAUAAAUAUAGAGAAGAAAUAUCAGAAAUUUAGUAGAACCGUUAAAGAAGUUCAGUUUUUAGGACUUCUUAAAAUCGGUUAGCAAGAUGAAGAAGUUAAUUAUUCUGUUAUCAUUAGCAAUAUUCUGCAUUGCAGCGCAAUCAGAAGUAUUAGAGCCGAAAAUAGGCGGAGAAAAUGUAGAAGUCAAAGAACAGAAUCUUUCCAUUCUUGAUAAAAUAAAUGAAUUAGAAGAAUCCGUAUUGGAAGAAUCCGAAUUGGAAGAAUCCGAAUUAGAAGAAUCCGAAUUGGAAGAAUCCGACGAAGAGGAAUCUGACGAGCUUCAUCGUCCACCAGGCCACCCUACCAGACGUCCACCACGACCAGGCCGCCCUACCAAACGUCCACCACCACCAGGCCGUCCUACCAGACGUCCACCACGACCAGGCCGCCCUACCAGACGUCCACCACGACCAGGUCGCCCUACCAGACGUCCACCACCACCAGGCCGCCCUACCAGACGUCCACCACGUCCAGGCAAACCUACCAGACGUCCACCACCUCCUCCAGGAUCAGAAGAGAAACCCGGUUUUGAAGACAUUCCUAUCGCUUUCGGAUUAGAAGAACUCGAUGAAAUUGAAAGUGAGGACUAUCAUCACAGACAUCGACCAUCACACAGAUAUCCACCACCACAUAGACGUCCACCACUACCACCACCUCACAGACGUCCAUCUUCAGACGAACCUGUUGAACCAAGCUCUGUUUAACUAUCAUUUAUAUAUCUUAAAUGGACCGUAAUAUGAAAACAUAUAAAUAAAUUUAAUCUUGCACAUAA